AUGGAUGAUAUCGAAGCAAGAUUAAUUGAAAUGAAGUUCUACACAAACAUGUUUUCAAGUUUGCAAAGAAUCUGUACAUCAAAAUGUAUCUCGAAAUAUAGUGACAGUGAUUUGUCAGUUGGUGAAUCAGUAUGCGCAGAGAGAUGUACAGAGAAAUGGGUAGAGACCUUCAAGAAAGUUCAAACUAAGCUCCAACCAGGUUCCGGUGCUCCAGCUGGUAACACUGCCGUUCCAGCUGAACUCCCAAAACAAGAACAACCAGUAAAGAAGGGUUGGUUCUAA